UCGUCGCUGCCAGGCAACGUGAGAAACCAUUUCUUUCCCGCUUACAAAAGAGCAGCUGAGCCUCGGCAAUUUUGCCACGGACGCAACAGCAGGUGCCGGGGCUCAGAACCUUCUGGUGUCAAUCAUCGUGUCGCGAUGCUGGAAGUUGCAGAAAUCUCACGGCGAAUGUCAGGAUCCAAGAACGCUCCAGGAUACAUCAAUCGUGCAUUCAUCAUCGACCCUUCAGAUGAAGGCAAGAAAGACAUCGAAAACUGCAGCGCAGACGACGACAAAGAGAAGGAAGCCUCAGCGGCGCCCAAAGGGGUGCUGGCAAUAAUCCGCCAGAGCCGAUGGAUGCUACCUUUAGUCUACACUCACAUAUGGAUGUCGGCUUCCUUUUCAAUCAUGCAACCGUACUUCCCACCUUUGGCUGCUGCCGCUGGUUUGGAAGCCUGGAAAUAUGGAUUCUUUUUCUCGGCCACUAAAGUUGCGAUGUUACUAGGAUCUGUGCUAAAUGAACGCCUCAUGGCUAUUGCAUCGCCGCGAAAGUGCUAUUUGUCAGGGCAGAUUGGUUUUCUGCUAUUUACUAUUCUGCUCGGGUUAAUGUACUGGUCACCAGGCGGCGACAUCUUCCUUGGCCUCUGUCUAGUGCUGGCCCUCAUUGGUGGCUUCUUUUCUACUGUGUACGUCGUUUCGGCGUACACAGUUGUCACUGCGGAGUUCCCUGUCCACACUGGUCUUAUAAUCUCUACAGUGGAAUUCUUAUGGGGCUCAGGAAGUAUGAUCGGGUGUGGCAUUAGUGGACUGCUGAUUGACGCCUGGGCUUAUCCUCUGCCCUUCUUCGUACUCGCCUUACUGGCAAGCUUUUCGCUUCCAUGGACAACACGCUCGCAAAGAAUACCAGACAAACCUUUAAAAGGCCAUCAUGGAAUUCAUGUUCGGAUGCGGGAACAUGGCUGGUUCCGUACUUGGAGGAGCCCUAAUCGACUUGUGGGAAUACCCUCUGCCAUUUUUUGUCCUGGGCACCAUAAUCAUCCUGUCGAUUCCUUGGAUUAUCAAGCACAAGAAGGUCCCGAACAAACAACCCGAAGCUCCACCCGAGGGGGCCCUGAUGCUGCCCAAGGUUCGGAGAAAAAGCUGUAUCGGCUCCUUUGGGACCCACUUUUCAUGGUCAACAUGGUAACACUGAUGCUCUCCUGGGUCAUCAUGGGUUUCAACGAACCCACCCUGGAACCGUACUUGAGACAGUUCAACCUCAGCAGCACGCGACUUGGAGUACUGUACAUGGUACAGUUUGCAAGUUACACCGUGGGCGCGGCAUUCGCGGGACUGUUUUGUUACGUCAAGAUGGCAGCAUUUUUUGCGUUUGCUGGGCAACUGAUGACAGCUUUCGCCUACCUUAUACUUGGCCCAGCACCGUUUGUCCAACAAGACCCGCAGCUCUGGAUGGUCUACGUCUCUCAGACGUUCACGGGUGUUGGAAUGGCUGCCCAAUUCAUCUGCAGCUUCUCGUUAGCUCUCAGCCAUACAGCUAAGCGAGGGUACCCAGACGACAUACGGACUACUGGAUUCGUGUCAACUGUUGUAGUGACCUUCUUGGUUAUUGGUGCCAUUACGACACCCCCGAUAGCAGGGUAUCUCGUAGAAAAGUUCAGCUACAGACCGGGAUCUAUGUUCCUCUUCGGCAUCCUCUUAUUCUGGACCCCCAUAACCCUUCUCCACUGGAUUUAUUUGAUGUACAUUCAACGGACAAGGAGUGCCGAUGUAGCACUGCAGGAUCGAUCCAUUUCUUCUCGAAAGUCAUGAGUGUGCCAGCAGUUGUCAUUUUGUGCCAGUAAUAAAUAUAUAUU